AUGAGUAGCGGCAGCAGGAAUGCCGGCACUGCCUUCCGCAGUCGUCGAAGACCUUUUCCCGAGGUCUGGGAAGGUGUAGAUGCUGAGGAGGCGGAAAUUACAGUCCAUGAGGGUAAACUUUCAAAUUAUAGAGCAUUAAACCAGCCUAAGGCGCCCUCAAGUCUUGUGCGUACCGCAGGUGACAAGAUUAAUGUGGCCGAAAAGGAGAAAAUCGAUGAGGGGGAUGGGCGGAGGGCAGAGGCUGAGGGCAACAGGCAGGGUGCAGCGGAGGAGGAGGAGGAAGAAGAGGAACAGGAGGAGAAGGAAAUUGGCAACGCGCGAAGGGAGGAUCAAGGAGACUCGACUUCCUCGUCCUCUACCCGUGUGAGGGCAGACCUUGGAAACCAGCGUCCAUCCAAGCGACACCGUCCGCGUCGUCCGUUUGCCCACAUCAAGGCCGACAUCCUGCGCGCGAAGACCCUCGUGCGUCGUGCUCAGGAAGAGGCGCGACUCAAGACGCUGCAAUCGUCUUCCACCAAGUGGCAGCGGUUGCUGGAGGGCGUCUGUGGCGGGGCAGGGACGCGUGGGUACGCUUGCUUCUGUGGGGUUGCUGGCGCGGAAGGCCACAGGUAAGCGCCUCCACCGCCUUCGUCGCCCUCUCGGCGCUGGCCUCCUUCUCCUUCAUCUGGCGGGGCGCGGUGCGUCGGCGGGGGGUGGAAGCGGCCCAACGCCUCACGCAACUCGCCGCUCUCGAUGACGACCCGUACGUGCCCGGACUCUGUGGCUGGCAGGGGCUGGGAGGGCAGUGC